CCCCGUUCCCCUCCAUCACGCCGAUAUCAAGUAAUCUUGCAAGGAAAAGGCGACCCGCGCCUUGCAGACCCGUCAAACUUAGGGAUCCGGCUCCAUCCAGGAGUGGCGAAGGAUGGCAGCUCUCUCAAUUCUCCAGACUUGAGCCCUGAACCGCACCCCACCGACUUUGUUCGUGUCGCACCUCUCGAUCAAUCGGGGGGGAACGAGCCAUGGACGGCCUCGAGGACGACCCGAAUCGGGUGACGGCGCUUUGGCCGGAUCCGCCACCUUUCUGGAGAGAUUUCACGCCGGAGAACAUUGAGCGUUUCGAGAGCCUCAAAGAGGAUUACGCCGAUCAGCAGGGCUUGAGCGCCGACGCGGUCAUCCGGAUUCCCAACAUACCAGAACAUCUUAUUAACCUCCAGCCGCCUUCCGAGCCUGCCGACGGAAAGUGGAGGUUAUUCAGCGAGCCUGAAACUCUCACCGAAACCCUUCAAAGCCUCGAAGACGCCGGCAUCCAGCGACUGGGCCCGACAUCUGAGAUAGAUCGGGACAGCAAGCACCUUGAUCGUGGAUUCGAGCUCAAGAAAUUAGUCAAGUCCCUUCUGCUCAACUAUCUCGAGUUAGUGGGACUGAUGGGUCACAACCCGGCGCAUGCUGCCGGAAAGAUCGAAGACAUCAAAGUUCUCCUCCUCAACUUCCACCACACGCUUAACGAGUAUCGCCCGCAUCACGCGCGCGAGCAGUUGAUCCAGAUGAUGCACGCCCAUGGCGACCAGAUACGCGCCGAGACAGCCGGAAUUCGGAGCGUGGUAGACAAGGCGAAGCGAAUGAUUGAGGGACUGGCCAGUAUCCAGGUGCCACAGCUGGAGAAGGGGCCUAGCGAGAAGGAAGCUCUCGAGCCUCGACCUGAGCAGCUGCAAGAGCAGAGGGAGCUGGCAGGGUGGAAGAGAAUUGAUGAGGAGUUUUCAUGACUGUCUCGUACAACAGUUUUGCCUAGGUCUGUGUCUCAAGCAGAUGUGGAUGCCAAAGGAGAAACGGCUCUGCAUCAUAGUGAGCAGAUGUAUUCUAUCCAACUCUCACCGCGGCUUCAUGUGAAAACAACAGAAGACAAGACACGAUCUCGUGGGUGAUAUACUCUAUACCCAGUGGCAAACAAUCUAAAGCCACACGAGUCACUGGGGCGAUUG